UCCUCUUUCCCUGCCUGCAAAACUUUUCCCACCCCCUUUCUCUCCAGUGGAAGGGGGCUGAGCUCUGCAGCCUGCUCUAAACUCUGAUUUGCUGCAUUGGCUCUCGACUGACAAUCUCUGGCAUCUGCUUUAAAAGAAGAAGGGAAAAAAAAAAGUUUUCACUCCUCGAGCAGGCAGGGGAAGGGGGACAUCACUUCAGGACAGCCCCAGAAGGAUCAGACCAGGAGCUGCAGCAGGAGCUGGGGAGGAAAGAAGGACCUGGGACAUCCAGCCAAGAAGCCAAGCUCCUAGCAAACUAAAGCAGCAGCAGCAGAGAAAGUUGAGCCUCCACCCAAGUUAUUCCCAAUCAGACCCAAACAGCACUAUCUCAUGGCUUUAUAAAAAAAAAAAAUCAUAAUAAUAAUUGCUUCUUUUUGGGGUGUGGGGAGGAAGAAUUCCUGAACCUUUGCCUUUGAUCUGCUUUUUACACCAGACCUAAGGUUGGCUGAGCAUUUGCACAGUACCCCCAAGUCAAGCCCCUUUUUUUAUUGUGGACCAUGGAUACACACACAAGGUGGAAAAGGAGAAGUUGGAUAAGGACCUGCCCACAAAGCCUAGCAAUAUUUCUCCUCUAUGCAAUUUCUCAAAGCAAUGCAGCGGAACCUGCAGAUCUCUUGAAGGUGUUAGAUUUUCCUAAUUUACCUGACGGUAUAACAAAAACAGCAGGUUUUUGCACAAGCAGAAGAUCUUCAAAAGAAGCAGAUGUUGCUUACCGAGUAACAAAAGAUGCUCAGCUCAGUGCACCAACAAAGCAGUUAUAUCCCGCUUCUCUGUUUCCUGAAGACUUCUCCAUCCUAACCACUGUAAAAGCAAAGAAAGGAGGCCAGUCCUUCUUGGUUUCCAUUUACAAUGAACAAGGGAUCCAGCAGAUCGGCAUGGAGAUGGGUAGAUCUCCUGUAUUCCUGUACGAAGACCAUACAGGAAAGCCGGGCCCUGAGGACUACCCUCUCUUUAGAGGCAUUAACCUAUCAGAUGGCAAGUGGCACAGAAUAGCCAUCAGCGUGCAGAAGAAAAAUGUCACUUUGGUUUUGGACUGUAAAAAGAAGGUCACCAAGUUCCUCGACCGAAGCAACCAUCCUAUCAUUGACGUCAAUGGCAUCAUUGUAUUUGGAACCAGGAUACUGGAUGAGGAAGUCUUUGAGGGGGACAUCCAGCAGCUCCUGAUUGUGGCCGAUCCCCGGGCAGCCUAUGAUUAUUGUGAACACUACAGCCCAGACUGCGACACGGCUGUCCCGGACACCCCUCAGUCUCAGGACCCCAACCAGGAUGAAUACUACACUGAAGGGGUGGGAGAGAGUGACACCUAUUACUAUGAAUAUCCCUACUACGAGGACCUUGACGACACGGGGAAAACAGAGCCACCCACUGCCAAGCCUGUUGAUGCUGGAGAAGUGACUGAAACCAAAGAGGAUCCCACCCCUGCUCCCACUCAAGCACCUGCAGUGGUGGAAAAUCCCGAGGAGACUAAAGAGGAUGAGAUAGUGGAUGAUCCCAUUGUGGAUGAGUACAACUAUGGCACCAUUAUUGAGGACUACACUCCUCUUCCAUACGAGGACAUCAACUACAAUGAGGAACUAGACAACCUAGACAAUCCAGAUCUCAUCACUGAAGAUGCUGUUGAAGUAGAAGUUCCCGCCAGCACUGUCGUCACCUACAACACAACCGAUGAGGAGCAGGAAGCAGGGCAAGGUGGAGAUGACCUGGAUAAAGACUUCACCGAGGAAACGAUAAAAGAGUAUGACUCGAAUUACUACGAAAACUAUUAUGACCGGACCGUCUCUCCGGACAUUGGGCCAGGAAUGCCUGCCAAUCAGGACACAGUCUAUGAAGGGAUUGGUGGCCCCCGAGGUGAGAAAGGACAGAAGGGAGAGCCUGCCAUCAUCGAGCCGGGAAUGCUCAUUGAAGGUCCACCUGGUUCUGAAGGCCCAGCUGGUCUUCCAGGACCUCCAGGACCAACCGGGUCUGUGGGGCCAGUUGGUGACCCUGGGGAGAGAGGACCUCCUGGCCGGCCAGGUCUUCCAGGAGCAGAUGGCUUACCAGGACCACCGGGGACAAUGCUUAUGUUGCCUUUCCGUUUUAGUGGAGGAGGAGAUGGUGGCUCAAAAGGACCUCUCGUUUCGGCACAGGAAGCCCAAGCACAAGCCAUACUGCAGCAGGCCAGGCUGGCUCUAAGAGGACCUGCAGGCCCAAUGGGUCUUACUGGAAGGCCAGGCCCUAUGGGACCCCCAGGGAGUGGAGGAAUAAAGGGGGAAUCUGGUGAUAUGGGACCUCAGGGUCCCCGUGGCAUCCAAGGACCACCAGGCCCCUCAGGAAAACCAGGCCGCAGGGGACGUGCUGGCAGUGAUGGCGCUCGCGGGAUGCCAGGGCAGACAGGACCAAAGGGUGACCGUGGUUUUGACGGAUUAGCUGGUUUGCCUGGUGAGAAGGGAAACAGAGGUGAGCCAGGUCCAUCCGGCCCCCCUGGAGCACCCGGAGAGGAUGGGGAGAGGGGUGAUGAUGGAGAAGUUGGGCCCAGAGGUCUACCUGGAGAACCUGGACCCCGAGGUUUGCUGGGACCAAAAGGGCCACCAGGUCCUCCAGGGCCACCGGGUGUGGCUGGUAUGGAUGGACAAACAGGCCCGAAGGGAAAUGUGGGACCUCAAGGUGAACCAGGACCGCCGGGACAGCAGGGUAAUCCAGGUGCUCAGGGUCUUCCAGGUCCACAGGGUCCAAUUGGUCCACCAGGAGAUAAAGGUCCCCUGGGUAAACCUGGUCUUCCUGGCAUGCCUGGUGCAGAUGGCCCUCCGGGUCAUCCUGGCAAAGAAGGUCCUCCUGGUGAGAAAGGGAGUCAGGGUCCACCAGGUCCUCAGGGCCCAAUUGGAUAUCCGGGACCACGUGGAGUCAAGGGGGCAGACGGCGUUCGUGGAUUGAAGGGUACCAAGGGCGAGAAGGGUGAAGAUGGCUUCCCUGGCUUCAAAGGAGAUAUGGGAAUCAAGGGAGACCGGGGUGAAAUCGGUCCUCCUGGACCAAGGGGUGAGGAUGGCCCUGAAGGUCCUAAAGGUCGUUCUGGUCCUAAUGGAGAUCCAGGUCCACUUGGCCCUUCUGGAGAAAAGGGCAAACUCGGUGUUCCAGGUUUACCGGGAUAUCCAGGAAGGCAAGGUCCAAAGGGCUCCAUCGGAUUUCCGGGGUUCCCAGGAGCCAACGGCGAGAAGGGCACAAGGGGUACACCUGGCAAACCAGGACCAAGGGGGCAGCGAGGUCCAACGGGUCCACGUGGUGAAAGAGGUCCAAGGGGCAGCACCGGGAAACCUGGCCCUAAGGGCAACUCUGGUGGUGAUGGUCCCCCUGGUCCACCUGGCGAAAGGGGACCACCAGGACCUCAAGGACCAACUGGAUUCCCUGGACCAAAAGGCCCCCCUGGUCCACCUGGGAAGGAUGGAUUGCCUGGUCACCCCGGACAGAGAGGUGAAACUGGUUUCCAAGGCAAGACAGGACCUCCAGGUCCUCCAGGGGUUGUUGGCCCUCAGGGCCCUACUGGUGAGACGGGUCCAAUGGGCGAGCGUGGACAUCCAGGCCCACCUGGUCCACCAGGUGAACAGGGGCUUCCUGGACUCACUGGAAAGGAAGGGACCAAGGGUGACCCAGGUCCCGCUGGCCUUCCAGGAAAAGAUGGACCGCCUGGUUUGAGAGGCUUCCCUGGGGAGAGAGGUCUCCCUGGCCCCAUUGGAGCUCUAGGGCUGAAAGGCAAUGAAGGUCCUCCAGGCCCCCCAGGCCCAGCGGGUUCUCCUGGUGAGAGAGGUCCUGCUGGUGCAGCUGGCCCCAUUGGUUUGCCUGGACGGCCUGGACCCCAAGGCCCCCCAGGACCUGCUGGCGAAAAGGGUGCUCCGGGCGAGAAAGGACCUCAAGGUCCAGCUGGUCGUGAUGGCAUUCAAGGCCCAAUCGGACUCCCAGGUCCCGCAGGCCCUGUUGGUCCGCCAGGAGAGGAUGGAGAUAAGGGUGAGAUUGGAGAACCUGGCCAGAAAGGAAGCAAGGGUGACAAAGGCGAACAAGGUCCACCAGGUCCUACAGGGCCUCAAGGUCCGAUUGGUCAACCAGGUCCAGCUGGAGCUGAUGGUGAACCAGGUCCUAGAGGACAACAAGGCCUGUUUGGUCAGAAAGGUGAUGAAGGGCCAAGAGGUUUCCCUGGUCCCCCAGGCCCAGUGGGUUUGCAGGGCUUGCCUGGGCCACCUGGUGAGAAGGGAGAAACGGGUGAUGUUGGACAAAUGGGCCCGCCAGGUCCACCUGGGCCAAGAGGUCCUUCCGGAUCCCCAGGAGCUGAUGGUCCACAAGGUCCACCUGGUGGAAUAGGAAACCCUGGGGCCGUGGGAGAAAAGGGGGAGCCCGGUGAAUCUGGUGAGCCUGGUCUUCCUGGAGAAGUUGGCCCUCUGGGUCCUAAGGGAGAAAGAGGUGAGAAGGGAGAAGCAGGCCCCUCUGGUGCUGCAGGUCCUCCUGGCCCCAAAGGUCCACCGGGUGAUGACGGUCCCAAAGGUAGCCCUGGUCCGGUUGGUUUUCCUGGUGACCCUGGCCCUCCUGGAGAACCUGGCCCAGCUGGUCAAGAUGGUCCCACAGGUGACAAAGGUGAUGAUGGUGAACCUGGGCAGACUGGAUCUCCUGGUCCUACUGGAGAACCUGGCCCAUCUGGUCCACCUGGGAAAAGGGGUCCACCUGGCCCAGCAGGUCCUGAAGGAAGACAGGGAGAGAAAGGAGCUAAGGGUGAAGCUGGUUUGGAAGGACCCCCUGGGAAGACGGGGCCAGUUGGCCCUCAAGGAGCGCCGGGGAAGCCUGGCCCUGACGGCCUUCGAGGAAUUCCUGGCCCGGUGGGUGAACAAGGUCUUCCAGGUGCUCCGGGUCCUGAUGGUCCCCCAGGCCCACUGGGCCCACCUGGUUUACCUGGUCUGAAAGGAGAUUCAGGGCCUAAGGGUGAAAAGGGUCAUCCAGGUCUGAUUGGUCUUAUUGGGCCCCCUGGUGAGCAAGGAGAAAAGGGUGACAGAGGUCUCCCAGGACCCCAGGGUUCGGCAGGACCCAAAGGAGAACAGGGUAUCACCGGGCCUUCCGGCCCAAUUGGACCUCCAGGUCCGCCAGGAUUACCGGGUCCCCCUGGUCCCAAGGGUGCUAAAGGGUCAUCAGGUCCAACAGGGCCGAAGGGUGAAUCUGGUCUUCCAGGGCCCCCUGGACCUCCUGGCCCUCCUGGGGAGGUCAUCCAGCCACUGCCUAUCCAGUCCUCCAAGAGGACCAGGCGAAACAUUGAUGCCAGCCAGCUGGUUGAUGAUGGAAAUGCUGACAACUACAUGGAUUACGCAGAUGGCAUGGAGGAAAUCUUCGGCUCCUUGAAUUCUUUGAAACUGGAAAUAGAGCAAAUGAAGCAUCCUCUGGGCACUCAGCAUAACCCAGCUCGGACCUGCAAGGACUUGCAGCUAUGUCACCCUGACUUCCCGGAUGGUGAAUACUGGGUUGAUCCUAACCAAGGAUGUUCCAGGGACUCUUUCAAAGUGUACUGUAAUUUCACAGCUGGUGGAGAGACCUGUAUCUUCCCCGAUAAGAAAUCUGAAGGAAGUAAAAUGGCUCGUUGGCCCAAAGAGCAGCCUUCUACAUGGUAUAGUCAAUACAAGCGGGGUUCCUUGCUUUCCUAUGUGGAUUCGGACGGCAAUCCCAUCGGAGUGGUGCAGAUGACUUUCCUGAGGCUCUUGAGUGCCUCGGCCCAUCAGAACGUCACCUACAAUUGCUACCAGUCCGUGGCAUGGCACGAUGCCACCACCGGCAGCUACGACAAAGCCAUCCGCUUCCUGGGCUCCAACGACGAGGAGAUGUCCUACGACAACAACCCUUACAUAAGAGCUGCCAUCGACGGCUGUGCAGCAAAGAAAGGCUAUCAAAAGACGAUCCUAGAGAUCAACACGCCCAAAGUCGAGCAAGUGCCUAUCGUUGACAUCAUGUUCAAUGACUUCGGAGAAGCAUCACAGAAAUUUGGCUUUGAGGUGGGACCUGCGUGCUUCAUGGGCUAAGAGCCAACCGGAAACUAGUCUCCAAAUGAGCAACCUCGUAACCUCAUUGCGCCAUUAAGGAAAAAAAACAAACAAAAAACAACAAAACAACAAAAAAAGAAAAGAAAAAAAGAGAGAAUUGUGUUGUCACAUGCACGUUCUGAAACUGGACAGCGAUGGGUUCUACUUUUUUUUUUUUUUUGGUUUUGUUUCUUGUUCUGCUUGAGUUCAACUGUGCCACCGCACCACACCUACCGAAUCGAAAACCGGGCGAGCGAGCGAGGGAAGCAUUCCAGCAACAGACUCAGAAUCACACGACCUAAAUGCACCACAUGUGACAAAGCAAGAUUUCCCCCCCUCUUCCCCCCAAACAGGUCAAGGCUACGAUACAUUAUUCUCUCCACUUCUUUUGCAUGGCCACCAAUGGACUCAACUUCUUCUGUCUCAAUGCAUGGGAAUUCAAAAUGAUCAAAGACUCUCUUACCGCGAGUUUUUAUAUCAAGCACUUGUUUAUGGAUUUUUUUUUUUUAAUUUUUUUUUGCUUAAAGAAAAUAUGGAAAACUUGAAACUGUCUUGAACUUGACCUUGAAAUAUUGCGAAGUCUAGGCCUGAUCCCAACUCCAUUGAAUACUUUUGGAUUGACUUCAGUGGCCAAUGGGGCAAGCCUGUAAAUCAGGCUUAAAUGGCUGUUUCCAGCAUUUUAAAAAUCUCUGUUUCAAUACCUUAAAAAAUGACCCCAAUGAAUUCGAUAGCAAAAUAUCACUACGGGCAUCUCUUUCCCAAGUAUUAAAGGUGCUUAUAUUUUUGUAUGUUUGUAAGUAAAUAUUUGUAUUGUAUAUUAUUUUAAAGUGUUAAAUAUUUCUGGCUUCAAAACAUGCAUGUGACCCUGUCUGUAAUAAGUCAUACCCCUCUCAUCGCACACAAACAAGAAAGAUAGAAAUGGAGGCCAUUAAGCUAACUUCCCUUGUUUCUGUGCACACUCCCAAUCUUGCCAAUAUGGAUGCCGAGGCUUCACUUUGGCUCAUGUCAGCGGUCAACAGGGUUCGUUGUGGUUUUCAAGGUAAGCCCGUGCAUAUGUAUUUGCAGGAUUGGGGUCCAUGUUAGUGGCAAAAGUCUGCCAAAAAUAAGAAAAGAAAAGAAAUAGCAAGAUCAUUUUAAGCCACUCACAUCUUUGGGAGAAUUUUUUCUGCAAAAAUAGAAUAUGCCACUCUGGACGCCAUGAUUUAUAAAAUUGGUGAUUAAAAAAUAUAUAUAACCAACACAACCCACCCCCCCCACCCCGAGCCAAGUUUGGUUCUUUUGCCUAGUUCUACACUUGCUUAAACACACAGGUCUAAAUUAAUUUUUCCCUUCCUUUUUUUUUUUUUAAUUCCAUUCCCAGGGUAGAUUGCACAUGGCAGGGAAAUCCAUUUUCUUCCUCUUUAAAAAUAAUUUUUGUGUUUUUUUUUUUAAAAGGUGCUUUGUAUUAUUUUUUACAUUCCUCUUCAUGGUGCUAUCUGUUUAAGAACAUUAAUACAACACUGGUGACCCCCUGCCAUCGACCAAUCUCCCGGCAACCUUCACUUUAGCUGCUUUCAACACAGACUGCACACUUUCGCUACAGUCUUUGAUAUAAUUGCAUGCCACCCUCAUACUCAUUAUGUAGAGCUGCUUCUUUUUUUUUAAUUGUAUUAUGGGAGCUUAUAUGGCCCAUGUAGAAAGUAUUAAGUGUGCUUACUUUCUUUCUUUCUUUCUUUUUUUUAAAUAUUCAUACAUUUUAUAUGGUGGUAAUUAUGCCAGAUUGUACUCAGUUGCUGAAUGUUUGUGGUGCUAAUUUAUGUAUUUGUUCAAUGUACUGAAGUGAAGAUGAAACUGCCCAAUUGUCUUUCUGUGCUGCCUCAGCUGUAAGUGCCUUCAAACAGCUCAGAGAGCAAGAGCAAGAGAAGAGAAUGUGCAAUUUUCUUUGUCUUCCCAUGAUGGUUGCCAGGAAGGCUUUCCACGUAGCAUUAAGCAAUAUCAGAUUGCAACCUGCUGACAUACAUUUUCCCCCAGCCGUUCCUUCCUUUGGGAGAUCUCGGCUGGAACGCAACGUGGCGGGUUUUGAUUUGGCCUGGAGCACUGCAGCAUGCUUGAACCGAGGGGGGUCCAGCAUCGCAAAGGAAAUGACAUCACAUUUACUGUGAAUCGAAACCUAUAUAUGAUGUCCUUUCCCCUUCCCUCCCAAGCAAAGACUAGCAAUGUUUGAUCCAAGGGAGGUUAGCUAAGUUUUCGGAGACCUUCAGUUAUUUGCAGCGCUCGGGCCAUAAAGCAAGAAGCUGUUCCACUGCAAAACCGUUGCAGUGCUUUUUCCUUCUGCGAGAGCCAGUUUUACAUCUAUCUUUGUUUUUCCUGUUAGGAAGAAAGGUGCUACAAUAAAACAUCACAGACCAAAACAGCAGAGCAGUGAAAAUACAUACAUAUCACAAGUCAGCUUCUAGUUCACCUUGACAAUAGCCUUGUACCGGGAGCAGUGGGAAACGCAAAAUUUUUGCACAUUCAUCUCUGCAGUAGAAAAGCCAUAUAUCAAUACACACCCACCCACGUGUGAUUAUGUCUAGGUCAUGUGAUUCUGUUAUGAUGAUUUUUCAUCAAGGGAGCUUUUUAUUUUUCCUUUAUUUCUUGGCUUUUUUUAAAAAAAAAAAAACACCUUUUCUAUCGAAUCCUACAGUGUUUGUAAUUGUACUGAAGUUCCAAACUGUUCCAUUUUUUUUCCCCCAGACCACUUAGCUACGGUAUAUUGCAAUAAAAUUACUUCUUGUAUUUGCA